AUGCGGGUGGCCGUCGACUUCGAGGAGUGCCUGAAGGACUCGCCCCGCUUCCGGGCUGCCCUGGAAGACGUCGAAGGAGACGUCACUGAGCUGGAGCUGAAGCUGGACAAGCUGGUGAAGCUCUGCAUUGCCAUGAUUGACACCGGGAAGGCCUUUUGUGUGGCAAACAAGCAGUUCAUCCAUGGCCUCCGGGAUCUGGCCCACUACUCCAGCAGGGAUGGCCUGGUGGAGGGCAGCUUGUCAAAGUUCUCCGACAGCCUCCAGGAGAUGAUCAAUUACCACUCGAUCCUCUUUGACCAGACCCAGAGGUCCAUUAAAGCACAGCUUCAGAUGUUCGUUAAAGAAGACAUCCGGAAGUUCAAAGAUGCCAAGAAGCAGUUUGAGAAAGUGAGCGAGGAGAAGGAGAAUGCCUUGGCCAAGAACGCCCAGGCGCCCAGGAACAAGCAGCACGAAGUCGAGGAGGCCACCAACAUCCUCACCGCCACCCGGAAGUGCUUCCGGCACAUCGCGCUGGACUACGUGCUGCAGAUCAACGUUCUCCAGUCCAAGAGGCGGUCGGAGAUCCUGAAGUCGAUGCUGUCCUUCAUGUGUGCCCACCUGGCCUUCUUCCACCAAGGCUACGACCUGUUCAGUGAACUGGGGCCCUACAUGAAGGACCUGGGCGCUCAGCUGGACCAGCUGGCUUUGGACGCGGCCAGGGAGAAGAAGGAGAUGGAGCAGAAGCACUCCACCAUUCAGCAGAAGGGCUUCUCCAGCGACGACCUGAAGCUCGAGUACAACGUCGAUGCGGUGAACGGCAUCGUCAUGGAGGGCUACCUCUUCAAGCGAGCCAGUAACGCUUUCAAGACCUGGAACAGGAAACCCCCCAGUGGCAUCAGGCGCUGGUUCUCCAUCCAGAACAACCAGCUGGUCUACCAGAAGAAGUUCAGGGAUGCGCCCACCGUGGUGGUUGAAGACCUGCGGCUGUGCUCGGUGAAGCCCUGCGAGGACCUGGAGAGGCGCUUCUGCUUCGAGGUGGUGUCUCCAACCAAGAGCUGCAUCCUGCAGGCCGAUUCAGAGAAGCUGCGGCAAGCGUGGAUCCAGGCAGUGCAGACCAGCAUCGCCAGUGCCUACCGGGAGAAAGGGGAGGAGGCCGAGGUGGAGAGGAAGCGCCCCCCCUCCACAGGGAGCCCCGAGUCCAGCCAGGAGUCCAGAGAGAAGUCGCUGAAGGGGGAAGGGUCCCUCCAGAGGGUCCAGGCCAUUGCUGGCAACGAGGUGUGCUGCGACUGUGGCCUGGCGGACCCCCGCUGGGCCAGCAUCAACCUUGGCAUCACGCUGUGCAUCGAGUGCUCGGGCAUUCACAGGAGCCUGGGCGUCCACUUCUCCAAGGUCCGGUCCCUGACGCUGGAUUCGUGGGAGCCGGAGCUUUUGAAGCUGAUGUGUGAAUUGGGGAACAAUGUGAUAAACAGGGUGUAUGAAGCGAACAGAGAAAAAAUGGGAGCCAAGAAGCCCCAUCUUGGAAGCCAAAGGCAGGAGAAGGAAGAGUACAUUAGAGCCAAGUACGUGGACCGGCGGUUUGUGUCCCCCGCUGACCCAGGGGGAAAGCCAGCCCUGACCCCCAACCAGGAGGCGAAGAAGCGAGGCAGCCCUGAAAGCACAGCAGCCCCUCUAAAAGUCCCAGGCAGUGGCCAGGCCGGCGGGGAGGAGAGCAAAGAGCGUUUGGCAGCCGUUGCCCCAGCCAGCGUCUUGCACGAACCAGAGGGAGAAAGCCAAGGGGAGGCCUCCUCCUCCUCCGCUGCUGCUGCUGCUACCCAGGAUGCCAAGCUGUGGGUCACAGGACUGCAGCUGUACCAGGCGGCCUACCAGAAGAGUCUUCCCCACAUGGCCGAAGCCCUGGCGCAGGGGGCAGAGGUCAACUGGCGCAACCAGGAGAACGGCUUCACUCCGCUGAUCCAGGCGGUUCGUGGGGGCUCCCUGGUCACUUGUGAGUUCCUCCUCCAGAACGGGGCCAACGUGAACCUGAGAGACGCCCAGGGCAGAGGGCCGCUCCACCACGCCACCAUUCUGGGGCACACUGGGCAGGUGUGCCUCUUCCUGAAAAGGGGGGCAAACCAGCACGCCAGGGACGAGGACGGGAAGGACCCCCUGAGCGUCGCCAUAGAAGCCGCCAACGCUGACAUCGUGACCCUGCUGCGCUUAGCCAGGAUGAACGAGGAGAUGCGGGAGUCGGAGGGACUCUACGGCCAGCCAGGCGAUGAAACCUACCAGGACAUCUUUCGGGACUUCUCCCAGAUGGCCUCCAAUAAUCCAGAAAAGCUGAAACGCUUCCAGCCACCUGACACGCCGGAGCCCUGAAAGACCUAAGAGUUGGCAAUGAAUGAGACCUCCACCACCCCCCAUGUACCCU